CCUCCGAAAGACUGCGCGCAUGCGCAGGACGCCGCCACGUGAUCAGGUCUGCUGUAUAAAACGCGGAAGCCCACGUUAGACCAUACGUCACCUCUCAAAUAUCGAGACCAAGACCGCCGGUUUUUGUGAAAACUGAAGCAGCAGUUUGAAGGCUGGUCCGACCGAAGAAACAAAUGAGCCCGAAGGCAGCAGCAGCAGCAGUCGGCAUUGGCGUGGGAGCCGCGGCAGGAGUAGUGGCUGCCGUGGUCGGGGCCCCUCUGGUUCUGGGAGCCGUAGGUUUCACCUCGGCUGGCAUAGCUGCCGGCUCCUUUGCUGCCAGCAUGAUGUCAGCUGCCGCAGUGGCCAACGGGGGGGCGGUGGCGGCAGGGAGCGCCGUGGCUGUUCUGCAGGCCGCAGGUGCAGUUGGUCUGUCUGGGGCUGCCACUGCAGCUGUGACCGGCGUUGGUGCAGCAGUGGGGUGGCUCGUCAGCCUCAUCGGCGGGAAGGAAAAGGGAGACAAAAGUAAUAAAAAAACCUCCAAAUAAUGGAGCCGACCCCAAUUUGGAGUGUUUGCCAAUGAAUCCGAUCAAUCUUAGUGGUGAGAUUGCAGCCACAAGCUAAACGGAUUAACUUUGUGUAAAGAGAACAUGAGACUUGUUGCUAAGGAGGCUUUGCUGCCCCUGGUGGCCGUGCAGGGUGCUAAAAGAGGGUUUCACAGAUUUGUGUCUUAUGGAGAAUUAAAGUAUGUGCUUGUUCUUGUAUAUUCCUUUGCUCAUAUCUGUUUAAAAUGGUUUUCAUUUAAUUCUCCACUUUUAGUGUAAUAAAAUGUUGUACAUAAAUGGUGAAAGACUUUUGUUUUGAUUAAUCGAAAAGUUAACCUAAGUAAAUACUCUUCAUAAGUUUUA